CCGUCGUCCAUUUUUUUAUCGUUGUAAAUUGGAAUAUCGAGCGCGGAUGCCAGACUCGACGGCGCGUCUAGGAUGGAACACAUUUUGCCGGACGGGACACCGUCCGUCUCUCAGGACCCCGCCGUCAACCGGUAGCGUUCAUUCUUACCAAGCUUCAUGGUGAGGUAUUGAAGGCCCGAUUAUGGAAGAUAUAAAUGGGGAUUUUCUAUAAAAUCUGUCGCCACCAAGCUACCUUAUGGCUUAGCAUUUACACAGGUACGAUCUCUACUCUGUCUCUACAUGAAUGAGUGCCCUGUUUCGUUGCUGGAAGAAAGCUGCAAACCGUUUCUUUCAUUUUAGUUCUUAGUUAUCUGAUAAUGUGAGCGUAGGAACCUGACAUUGCCACAUUGGGGUCUGUCAUGUUUUCCCAAACUGCAUGGUAGGUGUUCGCGAAAAUGUCUAAAUGAAAUUGGAGUUUCGAAAAUUCGGACUUCAGUUGCUUUCGGGGAAAGGUUUCUUUGUACGUGAACGGUAAGGAUUUUUGUUUAAUAUAAUAAUAAUACCCCGUGUGAUUCAUGGGUCAUGGGUCGUGAUCCUCCGGACCUAAUUGCGAACUGAUUAUCAACUAUUGUAUCUUUGCCUCCUUUGUCAAUGGGGAAUUGGGGAUCCUUCUAGUUGGAUGUAAUUAGCUACAUCAGCCACGUCUUAUAAAUAUUUUAUCGUUUGAUGAUUGUUUGGUGUCCAACGUGUAGAAUAAGACAGAUGAACCUGGUGAAAAACUGAAAAUUAUCCCAAUUAAUCACAGAUUCGUAUCCAUGAUUUGGUGAAUGUUUCCAUGUCGUCCUAACAGCUCAGUCUCACUAUUCACUGCAUUUCUUCUCACCAUGCAAUGCUCUCUGACAUAGUAUGGUUAACUGUUCCUUUAAUUACCCAGGUGAAUCUUCGGUUUAGUAUCAGCAGGUAUUACUCGCAUGCUUGAGACACCACUCUGGUUUUUACUCGUUUUUAUGUUCUCAAUUUUACAUCCCUCCCCGUCAUCCCAUUGACCCAAAGGUAAACUGCAGCUGUUAACUGAGCUCACCACCUAAGCGUUGCUGUGACCAUAUUUAAUUGGGGUGCUUCCCUCGUGUUUCUCUACAUGUUGACUUUUGCACCUUUUCUUUCCUUUUAUACAAUCUGGUUCACUUGACAAGAAAAUUGACACUAAGGUAAGGUGGGUGCUUCUCUCUUUGUUUGUACAAAUUGAUGCUUGCACUGUUUAAACUAUGACAUCCAUUUGGUUCAGUUGACAAGAAAACUUAAUCUAUUUGGAGUGCUUAUCUCAUUGUUUAUCUGCUAUAAAUUGAUUCUUGCAUCAUCCAUUUGAUGGGCAUCUACUUGACCUACUGUUCUACACCGAAUUGCCACUGAACAGAUAAACCAUGUCCUCUGUAUUUACUAGGUUUUGCAAAACCUUGAUCACUAAGUUUAUCGAAGAGGAUUUUCAUGGGGCUGUGGCUAAGAUGACAGUGCUUGAUGCUUUCCUUUUCUGGAUUGUACAUUCCAUCGACAAGAAGCGUCUAUGGCACAGGCUGCCUGUGAUUUUGGGUCUCGGUUAUCUGGGAAUUCGUAGACACCUUCACAACGUCUAUAGUUUGCUCAGUGUUGGUCACCAGAUCGGUGAAGGCUUUAACCCGGCUGACUAUCCUUACAGGACAGCAGAUGGAAGGUAUAAUGAUCCCUCCAAUGAGGUUGCAGGCAGUGAAAACACUUUCUUUGGCAGGAACGUCAUGCCUGUUGAUCAGAAAGAUAAGUUGAUAACACCACAUCCUGCUGUUGUGGCUGCAAAACUACUGGCAAGGAGAGAGUACAAGGAUACAGGAAAGCAGUUCAACAUGGUUGCAGCUUCUUGGAUUCAGUUCAUGAUUCACGACUGGAUUGAUCAUUUGGAGGAUACCAAGCAGAUAGAGCUUAUAGCACCAAAAGAGAUUGCCAGCCAGUGCCCCCUGAGUUCUUUCAAGUUCUACAUGACCAAGGAAGUUCCAACUGGUUCUUCAGACAUCAACACUGGUACCCUGAACACACGUACAUCCUGGUGGGAUGGAAGUGCUAUUUAUGGACAAAAUGCAACAAGGUUGCAGAAAGUGAGAGAGUUGAAAGAUGGGAAGCUGAAGAUAGCUGAAAAUGGUCUUCUACCCCAUGAUGAAGAUGGGGUGGCUUUAUCAGGAGACGUUCGUAGUGCCUGGAUUGGCACGUCUACCCUGCAUGCUCUCUUCGUCAGAGAGCACAAUGCUGUCUGUGACAUGAUCAAGAAAGAAUAUCCAGAGAUGGGAGAUGAAGAACUAUACAGGCGGGCAAGAUUGGUGACAGCUGCUGUGAUUGCCAAGGUUCACACCAUUGAUUGGACUGUCGAGCUCCUGAAAACUGAUACAUUACUCGCUGCAAUGCGAACAAAUUGGUAUGGAUUCCUGGGGAAAUGGUUCAAGGACACAUUUGGCCACAUUGGAGAUGCUCAACUGGGAGGUCUUGUUGGUUUGAAGAAGCCAGAAAAUCAUGGAGUUCCAUAUUCCUUAACAGAGGAUUUCGUCAGUGUAUACCGACUGCACUCACUUUUACCUGACGAAUUCCUUGUUAGGGACAUUUCAACUGAACCAGCUCCAAACGAAUCUCCACCUGUAGCCAAAAAGUUUCCGCUUCAAGAGUUGAUAGGGGCAAAUGGAGAGAAGGUUUUAUCAGAAAUAGGGUUCACUAGGCAAAUGGUCUCCAUGGGCCAUCAAGCCUGUGGGGCUCUUGAGCUAUGGAACUACCCAAAUUGGCUUAGGAACUGGACACCCGAGGAUCCCAGUGGCAGAGAUAGGCCUGAUCAUGUGGACCUGCCAGCCCUUGAAGUAUAUAGAGACAGGGAGAGGAAAGUUCCGAGGUACAAUGAGUUCCGCAGACGCAUGUUGAUGAUACCUAUAUCGGAAUGGGAAGACCUAACGGACGACAAGGAAGCCAUUCGAGUGCUCAUUGAGGUAUAUGGCGAUCGAAUUGAGGAACUAGAUCUUCUAGUCGGCCUCAUGGCAGAGAAAAAAAUCAAAGGAUUUGCCAUAAGUGAGACUGCAUUCUUCAUAUUCAUUCUCAUGGCUUCGAGGAGGCUGGAGGCCGACAGGUUCUUCACGAGCUACUUCAACGAGGAAACUUACACAAAGAAAGGGCUUGCAUGGGUGAACACAACGGAGUCUCUUCGAGAUGUGAUCAAUCGUCACUGUCCUGGAAUGACCAAGAAAUGGAUGAACUCUACUAGUGCAUUUACUGUCUGGGAUGCGCCUCCACAGCCCCAAAGUUGGAUUCCUCUCUAUCUCCGGAUUCCAGGAUUUAUGUGACAUCUCUAGCUGUUAUUACUGGUUUCCUGUUGUUUCAUAAAUAAAAGCUAGCAAAAAUGUUGUGUGCGAUACGAUGUUUGGAAUUCUUUGAUUGGGGUAAUUUGGACCAGUAGGAACAAUGUUAUACUGGUAGACUGCUGGUGUUUCACUUGUCCCUGUACUUUGUUGUAAUUUUGUAGAUGAGAUGAUUGGGAGAAAACAGAGAAUGUGAGAUAAAUAAUAAGAAUCUUUGAGCUAUUAUAAUCGAACAUAUUUAACGUGGAUCAACACUUGAAAAUUCUUUUAAGGUUUCUAUAUUGUGAGAGAUCUAAUGUUCAAAAAAAAAAUUGCUAUCUUCCCGGACUUUAAGAUAUGUGGAGAGUGUCUAUAAUUUGUAAUAUGCCGUAUUAAUAGCUUCCAUGGCUUUAUCGUUGACAAAUAAAGGGAUAAAAUGUUC